UUUUCGCUCCUGAGUUGACGGUAAUGUUUGCUUGUCUUCAGGAAUACAUCGACAUGCGAAUGUACGAGGAUCAUUUGUACAUUAAUUUCGACAAGAUGUCGGGGACUGCUGUCAAAAGAGCGAGUCGAAAGAGUGGCUAGCCCGCGAGCAAUUCCAAAAAUCAAUUUCUUAAAAUUCUAAUGAGCAUGCGUGUCACGCGUCACGAAUAACAUCGUAACGCGACAACUAUGCAAUCAAAAUCAGGGAGCGCAAAUCCUCGUAAAUCAGCCAUGUGACAUCAAAAAGUAAUCAUCAACGACUUCCGUUCACCUGCGAAUAAACGCUGAAAGAACCUUGCAUUCAUAAUGAGAGAGCUGAACAACACUGCUUGGUUUCGACAGUUGCGAAGAAAACCUCAGCUAGUUACUCCAGGAAUCUCAGCUGCGCGAGUGCUUCUGGGACCGUCUUGGUAGACGCGGGAAAUUUCAAAAUGGCGCCAACUAGCGUGCAAAGAGAGGGAAAAUAUAUCAUUUACAAUAUGGAAUCAAGAUUUUGUCUCGACUUAUAACUUUAUAAUAACUUGAAAUACAAUAAUAUUAAAGAUUCAUUUAGUCUUAAGGGCAACAAGGAACAUUUGACACAUAAAUUCAUUCCCGUCGAAAUUUUUUGAAACAAACGCCAUAUUGACUGUUAACCAAAACGAUCCCAGGCUUCCUCGCGCACUGAGGUAGUGCCCAGUCUUCUCGUAGUUUCCAGAAUUGGACAUUGGUGUUGGCGUUACAAUUGUACAGCGGUGUCUUAAGACAACAACAUGCUCACGGAACAUCGAAACGAACAGUGUCAUUAUGCUUUCCUAGACGUAAAGCUGAAAUGUAUAUAGAAUGCAGAAAUGUUUAUUAUUUUAAGACGCUAAAUAAUUACGUAGGGCAACGAAUCAAGAGAUAGAACAAAGGGAGAAACAUUAACGGAACGGUUAUUUUAGUCCGUUCUUUUGGCGCGAUGCUAGAUGUGUCACGUUUUAGUGACCAAACAUUGUUCUUGUUUCAAUAUCGAGAAAUCUUAUCUGACAAAAAAUUGCUAUGCUGAUUCACUCGUGUAAUUCAUUCAGUAUAACUCCUUAUUAGAAAGUGUUUCGUCAAACCACUGUCGGAAAAACCUAACUGAACGAACGAAGAGCACGAGGCAUUGAUGCUCGUUGUGAAAUUUUCUUUUCACGAACAAUAAAGUCUAUGAGGAAAUAUCCCGGCCCAGACAUAUUUGGAUAUAAUCUGAAGGCCCUGACACACAGUACAUUAAUCGUACGCAGUGCUCAUGCAGGCCACGUGUAUAUCAAUACUCUAGCUGACAUGGGCAUGGAUCGCUCGAGAGCGAAUUUUUUUUUUUUUUUUUGGUCGAAAUUCUUUUUCGGGUCCGAAGACCCAAAAAUAUCGGCACUGACCAAUUUGAAGCCACACGACAAGGCUAAAUUCUUGUGUAAACACGUGUAAAACGCUUUUGUAAACAAUGAUAAAGCAUUGCGGUGCAUUAAUUUCCUUAAACAAACACGCAGUUGACAUGUUCUUUGCAAUUGGGCGAUUUUGGAAAUCUGCCUGCCCCACCCAUACACUUCGGCGUCUUUAAUGCUUUUGGGUGACUGACAAAUUUUUACAUAAUUUGCUCGUAGGGGUCACACUAGGAAAAGCUCCAAUUUUGAUCCAAUUUUUGGUAAAACAAACCGAAUUCGCUCUGGUGCGACCCAUGCCAUGGUUCAGCGGCUUUCAGCAUAAAAUUGCAAAUUUGUCUCUUUGUCUCGCAAUUACCAAAAGUGACUUGGUUACAAAUAAAACACCACCAAAUAUAGAAAUUUACCCCGAAACACUCAGAGACAACGUUCAUUAGAAAAGGUCUUUCAACGAGCGAGGACCUUUUCUAAUCGUUGUUACCCUUUGUUUACCCACUACGGCUAGUUUGAUCGCUGUUCUGCCUGAAUAAGUUUCAAUGGAAGCCUCACACUUGCGCAGUUAUGACAUUGUCCUUGUAGGCCUCCUAGAACACUGGAACAAAGUUCAGUUGUCUCCCGCAGUAUAGUCCACUACUCAGAAAUUUAUUUUGUGCAACUUUUGCUCUAACUGUUGGAUAAAUCAGCUCUGGAACUUUAGGCCUUUAAAUUCAGCAAAAGAGUCAACUUCAGUAGCCUUGAAAGUACUGAUAGGACUGGACCUAACUGAGAGCCCGUAAACACUGAGCACAGUGCUGUUCGUCGUAGACAAGUCAAUGGCAGAAGAAUCCAGGAAAAAUACUCAAAUGGGUGAAUCCAAAUCCACUUGGUAUGACCACCUGGAUGACCACCUGGAACCUGAGUAUUUCUUAAUAGUCAGCCAAGAAAACGAGUUAGCUCUUGAUAUUUCUACAGGUAAGAAAGGUGGAGAUCUCGUCCUGAGUGAAGCACGUGGAAAGUCCAGUCAGCUGUGGAGAUUGGAUGAAGAUCGUAGACUAGUCAGUAAACUGGGCUUGGUAGCCGAUAUCAAAGGCAAGAACAAAAAUGCAGGAACUGUGUGCAACGCCUGGAAAGCGCACGAUGGCCUCAAUCAAAAGUGGCAUUUUGAAGACGAUGCGAUAAAGAGCGACUUUAACAACCUUGUUAUUGAUGCCCGGACCCAGCCGGUUUCCAUGAAUGAAGUAGACGGCAGCUUGACUCAGAAGUGGUAUUUUACUCCCGAAAACCCUCGGGCGGAUGGUCAGCCAGUUGUACCUUCAGUUAAGUAUUUCUUCGCAGCCAGCCAGAAAAAUGGAUUAGUUCUUGAUAUUUCCGCCGGAACGAAAGGCGGAGAUCUCGUCCUGAGUGAAGCCCAUGGAAAACCCAGUCAGCUGUGGAGAUGGGAUGAAGACUGCAGGCUAGUCAGUAAACUGGGCNCAUGUAGUGUCAGUACUAAAGUCGAAAUGAAUAUCCCCAAUAGCGAGAGGCCAUAA